AGAAGGCGAAACGCCAUGGUGACCGUCCACUUCCUGUUUCCGCCUCGGUGGUCCGGCGCCUUUUUCGGUCCCCGGCAGAGUCCGGUCUCGGGAGUUCCGGGCGGAGCUGCAGAAAGAAGAAGGUUUGUUCUGCUGCAUUCCUCUUUCUUUUUUUUGGAGAUGUACGUGCCGGACUCCGUUGGUGCUGAAGCUGGGAAACAGCUGGAUGACAUGUCGGUUUGGUACAAAGAGGAAUUCCCAGAAAGAACUGCACAGAACAACCUCGAUGGGGUCUGUCACAGCCCAGAUGUUCUGGGCCGGCCUUUCCGGGAGUUCUGCUACCAGGAGCGGAUAGGGCCCCGGGCGGUUUGUAGCCAACUCCACAGUCUCUGCCAUCAGUGGCUGAAGCCAGAAAGACACACCAAGGCUGAGAUCCUGGACCUGGUGAUCCUGGAGCAGUUCCUGACCACCCUCCCAUCAGACAUGGGGAUCUGGGUCAGAGAGUGCAAGCCGGAAUCCACUUCCCAGGCCGUGUCCCUGGCGGAAGGUUUCCUCCUGAGUCAGGCAGCUGAGAAGAAGCAGGAGGAGAAGCAGCUGGGGUUUUCUGAAUCGCUCACAGGCUUCUCUAUAUCAGACCCAACACAGAGGCCUCUCCUGAAGGAGAAGGAGACCGGCGGAGGACCUGCCCUGCCAGGCCCUGGAAUCAUGGCAGUCACAGAUCCUCGGCUACCUUUUCUUUGUGGAGGAAGGGAAAGAGUGCCUGUGCAGCCGGAAGAGGAUCCCGUCACUCUUGAGGACGUUGCUGUGUCUUUCACGGAGGAGGAGUGGGCGCUGCUGGAUCCGGGCCAGAGGGCUCUGCACUGGGAAGUCAUGAAAGAGAAUUUGGCCCACGUGGUGUCUCUGGCUCCUGGUGUAGGAGGGAGCAGGUCUGAGGAAGAAUGGCUUCAAAUAUGUUUAGAAAAAUUUACUGAGAGGGAGAAAACCCAGGGGAUAAAAACUGAAAGCGAAGAGAAGAGGAACGAGUCCUUUUCUUUUCCACACAGAAAUUUCCGUGAAUUUUCUUCUGUCCAAGAAGAAAUAGACCAAAGCAAAGAAAGUGUAUGCAACUGUCAGACCAAUCUAAAUUAUCACUGGCAGAUCCACCAAGGGAGAAAAAUGGUGGAAUGCUCAGAAUAUAGUGAGGAUUUUUGUGAUACUUCAUCUCUGGAAAGAGAGUUGAUGAUGCAGAGAGAAAAGGCACCAUUUAGAUACAUGGAUUGUGAAAAGGGCAUCCAUCAGAGCACAGAUACAGACCUUCCUUGUCAUAUGAUACACCACCCGGGAGAGAAACCAUUUGAAUGCCCAGAAUGUGGGAAAAAGUUCAGCCACAGCACAAACUUUGCUCACGAUAUGGGAGUCCACUCAGGAACGAAACCCUUUCGAUGCUCAGAAUGUGGAAAGUGCUUCAGUCAGAGAACACACCUUGUUCGCCAUAUGAGGAUCCACACGGGGGAGAAACCCUUCGAAUGCUUAGAAUGUGGGAAGAGCUUCAAUGACAGAAGCACUCUUAGUUCCCACCAAAGGAUCCACACAGGGGAGAAGUCCUUCAAAUGCUCCGAAUGCGGAAAGAGCUUCCGGCACAGAAGCACCCUCUGUUCCCAUAUGAGAAUCCACACAGGGGAGAAACCUUUUAAAUGCAUGCAGUGCGAGAAGACUUUCCAUCAGGGGGCGAGUUUUCGUUCUCACAUGAGAAUCCACACGGGGGAGAAACCUUUUCAGUGCCUGGAGUGUGGAAAGACGUUCAGUCAGAGGACACACCUUGUCCCCCACAUGAGAAUCCACACGGGGGAGAAACCCUUUCCGUGCUUGGAAUGUGGAAAGUGCUUCAAACAACGUGCACAUCUCACUUCUCACAGCAGAAUCCACAAAGAAAGGAAAAGAAGGGGCAGGAUCAGUUCUCGAUCAUCCCAGUUUUCCAGUUCAGCAAGCCUGGCGUGCAAGCAGCAUUUGGAGGAGAGCGACCCCCCACCAAUACCAAACUGGACACCAAUUGACGGGGUGAGGUUUCGAGCCAUUUGUUCUCCCCAGAGGCUUCUUUCCGACUUCGGCUUGCCUCACAAAGGGGUUAAAGCCAUCGACCAGCGAGUCCCAGAGCGUCCCGCAGGAAGGAGAGGCGUGAUGCUUGAAGGCUCACUUCCUGUUUCCGCCUCUGAGGUGCCUCGCCUUUUUCCUUCCCUCCAAGGAUUCCCCUCUGGGGAGUUCCGGGCGGGGCUGCAGAGAGAAGAGGCCUCAUUCCUUUCCAUUCCUUUGACUCGGGGGAAGAUGAAUGUGAAAGACUUUGUUGAUGCUGAAGUUAAGAAACAGCCAGAUGACAUGGAGGUUCGGUGCAAAGAAGAAUUCCCGAAAAAAAACGCAGAGAACCAUCUAUAUGGGGACCCCGUUGGCCCAGAGGUCCGGAGCCAGCAUUUCCAAGAGUUCUCCUACCAGGAAGAUUGGGGGCCCCGGGCGGUUUGUAGCCAACUCCACCGUCUCUGCCGUCAGUGGCUGAAGCCAGAAAAACACACCAAGGCCGAGAUGCUGGACUUGGUGAUCCUUGAACAGUUCCUGGCUGUCCUGCCUCCAGCGAUGGGCAUGUGGGUCAGGGAGUGCAAGCCGGAAUCCACUUCCCAGGCCGUGUCCCUGGCGGAAGGUUUCCUCCUGAGCCAGAGAGCGGAGAAGAAGCAGGAGGAGAAGCAGCUGGAGUUUUCAGAAUUCUUCUGUGGCUUUCCUCAGGCAUUAGAUGCUCUGUGGCACCCAAAACGCAGGCCUCUUGUUCUGAAGAAUGCAAAGAAGAAGAGCCGAGGAGCUGCUUUGCCAGACCCUGGAAGCAUCCUGGGGACGGAUCCUGCCUCAUCUCUUCUUUGUGGGCGAAUGGAAGGAGGGCCUGUGCAGCCACAACAGGCUUCUGUCGCUUUUGAGGAUGUUGCUGUGCAUUUUUCCAUGGAGGAGUGGGCUCUACUGGAUCCUGGCCAACGAACUCUCCACCAGGAAGUCACGGAGGAGAAUUUGGCCCAUGUGGUGUCUCUGGCUCUCGUGGGAGAGAACAGGUCUAAGGAAGAACCCCUUCAAGUAGAAAAGGUUACUGUUGGGGAGAAAACCCAGUGGAUAAAAACUGAAAUAGAAGAGAAGAGCAAUGAGUCCUUUCCUUUUCCACAUGGAAAUUCUCUCGAAGGAGAAAUGGACCUCAGCAACGAAGGUCACAAGUUCUCACUGGGCAGGGAAGGCUUCAACUCUCAGGACAGUCAACAAGUUUGCUGGGAGAUCCACCAAGAGCAGAAAAUAAUGCAGUGUGCAGAAUACAAUGACUUUUGUGGUACGUUGUCCCCAGAAACAGAUCGGAUGAUGCAGAGAGAAGAGGAACCGUUGAGAUACAUGGAUUGUGAAAAGGGCAUCAGUCGGAGCGCGGAUCCAGACCUUUCCUCUCCUAUUGGACUCCACAUAGGGGAGAAACCAUUUGAAUGCCGAGAAUGUGGAAACAAGUUCAGCCACAGCACUAGCCUUGCUCGCCAUAUGAGAAUCCACACCGGGAUGAAACCGUUUCCAUGCCCGGAAUGUGGGAAGUGCUUCAGUCAGAGCCGAUACCUUGUUUCUCACAUGAGAAUCCACACGGGGGAGAAACCCUUUGAAUGCUUGCAAUGUGGGAAGAGCUUCAGUGAUCGAAGCACCCUUAGCUCCCAUCAAAGAAUCCACACGGGGGAGAAACCCUUUGAAUGCCCAGAAUGUGGGAAAAGGUUUGGUCACAACCCAAGCCUUGCUCGCCACAUGAGAAUCCACACGGGGAUGAAACCCUUCACCUGCUCAGAGUGUGGAAAGAGCUUCAGUCAAAACUGCUAUCUUGCUCGGCACAUGAGAAUCCACACUGGGGAGAAACCCUUUACAUGCUUGGAAUGCGGGAAGAGCUUCAGCGAUCGAAGCACCCUUAGCUGCCAUCAAAGAAUCCACUCGGGCGAGAAAACUUUUGAAUGCUUAGAAUGUGGGAAGCGCUUCCAUAAAAGAAGCCGGCUGAAUUCCCAUCAAAGAAUCCACACCAUGGAGAAACCCUUUGAAUGUUUGGAAUGUGGGAAGAGCUUCCAUCACAGCACAAACCUAGCUUCCCACAUGAGGGUCCAUACAGAGGACAAACCUUUUACAUGCUUGGAAUGUGGAAAGAGCUUCCGGGACAGGAGCAGUCUUACCUGCCACCAAAGGAUCCACACAGGGGAGAAGUCCUUUAAAUGCUCCGAAUGCGGAAAGAGCUUCCGCCACAGAAGCACCCUCCGUUCCCAUAUGAGAAUCCACACAGGAGAGAAACCGUUUAAGUGCGUUCAGUGUGGGAAGAGUUUCCAUCAGGGGGCAAGUUUUCGCUCUCACAUGAGAAUCCACACGGGGGAGAAACCUUUUCAAUGCCUGGAAUGUGGAAAGACGUUCAAUCAGAGGACACACCUUGUCUCCCAUACGAGGAUCCACACGGGGGAGAAGCCCUUUGCGUGCUUGGAAUGUGGGAAGUGUUUCAGUCAACGGGCGAACCUCACUUCUCACAGCCGAACCCACAGAGGAGCAGAGAUGCUGUGGAAGUUCAUGGAGUGUGCAGAGACCUCUGGGCAGGGAGUUCAUUUUACGAGCCAUCCAAGAAGCCACACAUCUGAGGACAAUGCAGAUAUAUGCACUGCAAAUUCUUGACCUAUACGUGCAAGAUACAAUCGUGUUCUGUGGAGAUCCGGGAAAGGGAAAUAUAUUUAUCGCUGUAUAGAAAGUGGGUGUAGGGUACAUCCUGAGUAUAUGAUUUCUGAAAUCUCUUAAAUUCUUUUCACUUCUAUCUUUUCUUUUCCUUCAGCCCAGGAACUUCAGAACAAUUAUUUUUCUUUUUUGGAAAGAUGCUCUGAACUAUUCUUUCUUCUCUUUUCCAGUUCAAUAGCGCCCUUUCUGCAACAGCGCAGGACAAGUUGAUUUCACUCUUGGUCAAGGCGGCAGGAGGCCCACCAUGACAGCCAAGGGGCCUUCAUAUAACUCUCGUCUAACUUACUUUGCGUUUAUUGCAGCAACACAUUUCCAGAGAUGACGAGGUAUGGACUUGACCAAUGAACCAUCACAUUGUAUUUUGUAUUAAGCCUUGGGACCUUCAUAUUUUGGCCCUUGUGGGCAUAUUUGGAAGUGAGAAAACCCAUCCCGGACUCCACCUCAAGAGGGUUGAGGCGUGUAGCUGGUAUUUCCUUGAACUGUCACAAAGCAGAAAUAACACGAAAAAAUGGCGUGGAAGGCAGAGGGAGUGUGUAGAAACAUGCCUGUGGUUCUCACAGAGUGUACCGAUGGACCUAAUCUUAGAAAUUCUUUAAAAAAUUGAAUACAGUUUCCGUUGGGAUGCCCAAAUGACAAACACCAUGCCCAUAUAUUUUGUGAAAUCACCUCAUUGUCCUUCUCUGAUAAAAUUGGUUUAUUCCACAAAACGAUGAAGAAAUUGCCAUAAAUCAAUUACCCUCCCAUCCAAAGUUUUUCUUCUUUGUCCAGAGGACCAAACUUUGUGAUUAUCAGGUGUGACUGAAUCAGGAGAGGGUCAUCAUAGACAGAAAGAAGUCUGUUUUUCACACAGUCCAGUGGAACCUGGAAUCUUCGUUCCCAAGAAGUAAUGGUGGUUGUCAGCAUGGAUGAGUAUAAAAACCUCCAGUCCCAAAAUACUCUGGUUUUUCUUCGAAUCGUAUAAAUCCAGUCCCAAAGGCAGUAGACCUGUGUGACUCAACUGGUGGGAGGCAGAGGGGUCUCCUCAAGAGGAUGCUGAAGCAGACGGGGCCCCUGGCUGAAAGCAGCAAAAUUCUCCUCACAUUCCUCUACAGGAGGAAUAGGCUGAGGGGAGGCAGAUAAGCCUCUGUCGGAGGAUAACGUGGCUGGGCAUCCCUCGACUAUAAUUAAAUAAUAUUUGUGUGCUGUCAAGUUCA